CACAGCUGAUCGCAUGUAAAUAAGGAAAUGCCGGUUAUCUGCAUUCCUCUCCUCACGAGCCGUCACGCUGACAGCUCAGGGGACAUGUACAGUGCCACAUCAAUGCCACAUAUCAGUGCCCAUCUGAGCUGCCUUUCAGUGCCACUUAUCAGUGCCAGUCAGUGCCGCCUAUCAGUGCUGCCAAUCAGUGCCACCUAUAGUGGCAGUCAGUGCCUCCUAUCAGUGCGCAUCAGUACCACCUAACAGUGCUAGUCAGUGUCGCCUAUCAGUGCCACCUAUCAGUGCCAUAUAUGAAUGCUGCCUUUCAGUGCCCAUCAGUGAUGCCUGUCAAUGCACAUCAGUG